AUGACCUCCGUUCCUUCAUCCGUUCCUAUGCCGGACUAUACCUCUGGCUUGAAGAACAGCUCCAGCGCCGCUAUUCCUCUUGCCGAGAAUACCAGAACAGACUGUUACGACUACUUUUGGCUGGACAACACCACCAGUAACCCGCUCGCGGAUUGCUGGACACUUGCGAUUACAGCUGAUACAUCUGAAGAGGCGCGAGCAGAGCGUCACUUUAGACUCGUACAAUACCCACACUUCGAACUAGCUCAUCCUAUGAAUAUCUCCAAGCCUACUAGUGCUAAGGCAAGCGGGUCGCAAACUCUGUCUUCGGUUGCUGCGUCGUCAACACCCGCGACAUCUACAAGCAGUGCUUAA